UAUGGACGGGUCAGAUUUGUGCCAUGAGGUAGCUCGAAGAGCUUCAGAUGGUUUUGUUUACAGUGAAGCCGUUUGCAGCCAUUACAUGAGGCAAAUUCUCGAGGCGUUGAGAUAUUGCCACGAAAACGACAUCGUCCACAGGGACAUCAAGCCAGAAUGUAUUUUGUUAGCAACGAGAGAAAAUUCAGCACCUGUCAAAUUAGGUGGAUUUGGAGUAGCAGUUCAGCUGCCGGACAGACACCCUAUCAACAUAGGAGAAUGCCUCGCAUCUGAAUAUCGGAGCGACCUGAACACGUUGGGUCGGCUGUAUUUGAAAACCGAUAGAGCUGGUAAGCUAACACUUUGCCAGCGCUUGUUGCACUCAUAUUACCAUCCUUCAUGUCUUGAUCAUCAGACAGAUUUAGUUCAUAUAGUGAAAACCAAGGUAUUUGCUGUAUACAACUUUACUGUUCAAUUUCGGGCAGUUUUGAACUCUUAAGGUUUAUUAGCACAC